AUGGCUGAGAGAGCUGAGAGAAUGACAAAGGAAGAGGCGAAGAAGACAUACGUUCUGAAUUGGAGGCCAUCACCACCAAGUGCAAGGCUAGGAGCGCCAAAAAUCACAUUCAAACCCGAGUUUGACUCAACUACUCUUCCGAGCUCGAAGGAUCUGAGCCAGUAUGAUUCGGCAGUUAAAGAUCAGGGUGCCCUUGGUGCUGAUACCGCUUUUGCUGUGUUAGCAGUUGCUGAAAACAUUGCUAAACACCACAAAGGCGAGUUUGACUGGUCAGAGCUCUACUUGUAUUACAAUACAAGGGUCAAAGUUCUUGGAUGGCCUGUUGGCGAUGAUACAGGAGCUUAUAUAUCAUCGACAAUACAGGCAUUAACCACAUGUGGCUGUGCGAACGAAAAUGACUGGCCUUAUGAUGUUGCUAAAUUUGCAGAGGAACCGCCAGCUCCCUCCAGUAGUGAAGGGGCUAUAAGUUCGGUGAAAGCAGCCAACAUAGAUCCUACCGUGGAUGCCUUCCGCGCUACAAUUUCUUGUGGAUUUCCAAUUACCAUUGGUAUUAUCUGUUACUCAAACCUUUUCGAUUCCUUUGAUUCAGGGGUUAUUCCUAUGCCAAAGCCUGGUACAUGGAUAACUGGAGGACACGUUAUCUCGAUAGUCGGGUAUGAUGACAGCUCGCGCCAGUUCAAGUUCAAGAAUUCCUGGGGUAUAAGGUGGGGUCAAUCAGGAUAUGGCUUUCUGCCAUACGAGUAUGUUUCGGGCUAUACUAUCGAUGAGCCCGUCCAAAGGCUUGUAUCGGACUGUUGGACGAUUCAAAGUAUUGAGUUGCAGGGAGGUUCGGUAAUUAUCGGAGGAUAA